CUCGCGAUCCCGAUUCCCAAGCAUCUCUUGUUCAUUUCUCUGUUCGCGCUCCCAACAAGCAUGGCUUGCGCCUAUUCUUCGCGGGCUCUCCAUCUCUCUCUCUCCGGCUCUCAUGGAAACCUUCAACCCUUCUCCUCCUCCUCCUCCUCCUCCUUCUCCUGCUCCUAUCUUGCUUGCCAUGGUCCCUUGUCCAGCAAUACCAAUCCUCUCACUUUCUCCGCAACCCCUGACAAGCUCAUCGCCAAAUGGAGGACUAGUGUCUCCUUCUUCCCUUCCUUCAUCGGAAAGAGAGGCAAGAGCAAGGAUGCCCUGAAAGAGGAGCUCUUUGAGGCAAUUGCCCCUCUUGAUCGCGGCGCUGAGGCCUCUCCUGAGGACCAGGAAAUGGUCGAUCAGAUUGCUCGCCAACUUGAGGCUGUCAAUACAAUCAAGGAGCCACUCAAGUCUGAUCUGCUUAAUGGGAAAUGGGAGCUUCUAUAUACAACUUCAGACUCAAUUUUGCAACCCCAGAGACCUAAAUUUUUACGACCCAAUGGGAAAAUUUAUCAAGCCAUAAAUGCAGACACGUUACGAGCUCAAAAUAUGGAAACCUGGCCUUAUUUUAAUCAGGUCACAGCUGAUUUGGUGCCCAUAAAUGCGAGAAGGGUGGCUGUCAGAUUUGAUACUUUCAAGAUAUUUGGGUUGAUUCCUAUAAAAUCACCUGGAAGUGGUCGAGGUGAACUGGAGAUCACAUAUUUGGAUGAAGAGAUAAGGAUCUCUAGAGGUGACAAAGGAAACUUAUUUAUUUUGAAAAUGGUAGAUCGUUCUUAUCGAGUUCCGGUUUGAUUGAUAGAAGAAAGCACCUUUGCAACUAUCAGAAUCACUUGCAAAUUUUCUCAGUCUUUGGAGUGAUAUAUUGCCCCUUUCUUCUAUCAGAAAAAAGAAGAAAAAAAAAAUUGUAUAUCUGUAAUAUGAAUUAUGUAUAUCUGUAUAAAUAACUAUCAAAUGUGUGUUGUAAAACUGGAUUUGUUGCCAGUGUGCUAUAUUACCAAGGAAGUUAAGCCAAAUAAUUUCA